AGAUAAGAGAGCAGAGGACAAAGGCAGAAAUUACAUAGAAAGAUUGGCUGAGAGGUCAAUGAUACAACUGAAAUGGAGUGACUCUUUUUUGAUGCAUAAUCUUGUUCAUGAUCUUGCACAAUAUAUUGCUCAGGACGAAUGCUUCUGUAUGAUGGAUAACAAAUUUGACACAAAGAAAUUACAAAAGAUUCGACAUUUGUCGGUGAGCAUAGAAGAUCCUCAUCUACUAAAACAUCUGGAGACAAUAACAGAUCAACAACUAAAACUAAUGCGGACACUUUUUAUAAGAGUACAAGACAAAUCAAGGGGGCGACCUUUUAUUACAAGACAAGACAAAAAUUUUGGAGUCCUUGACGAUCUUUUCCAAAAUUUGAAAUACAUACGAGCACUCCAUUUAAGCCAGAUCGGCAUCAGAGAGUUACCAGAUACAUUGGGCAACCUCAAACUACUUAAUUACCUUUCUAUAAAAGAUAUUGCAAUAAAGAGUAUUCCAGAAUCCAUACACAAACUUUACAACUUACAAACUCUGGAUCUGACACAAACAAAUAUUUCUGAACUCCCAAGGCAGAUUGAUAAUUUGAUAAAUCUACGUCAUCUUUUGCUUUCUCACAAAGUUGCCUUUCUUCCAUCUGGAAUUGGAAACUUAACCAACUUGCAGACACUCACCCACUUCAACGUUGGUUGUGGAAAAAAGCAUUGCGACAUUGGAGAAUUGAAUAGUUUGAUGAAACUUGGAGGGCAUAUCUCCAUUUAUAAUGUAGCAUUGCUACACAGGAGCAUUGCGACAAUGCCGGUGAACAAAUUUUCAAACACAAAACCUACUCUGAAGACAAAAAAGUAUCUUGAUUCUUUGAGGUUAGAUUGGCUUAGAGAGCAUGAUAAUUUUGACCGUUUCAAACAAGAUGAAAAGAAGGCAGAACAACAACUUGCAUACCUCCAACCGCACGUCAACCUCAAGUUCCUUGAGAUAAAUAAUUAUCCAGGUGUUAGAUUUGUUGAAUGGGUGAGCGAUUCAUCCUUCACUAAGUUGACCCGUCUGAUUCUAGAAGAUUGUAAGAAUUGCACUAAACUUCCGCCGUUGGGUCAACUUCGUUAUCUGGAAUAUCUUGAUAUAAGAGGCAUGGAUGGCGUACAACAUGUGGGACGUGAAUUUUGCUCCAUGCUAAUGGCCUCUCCAUCUUCUUCUCAAAACAAAAUGGCAUUUCCAUCUCUGACACACUUGGAAUUUAGCAGUAUGCCAAAUUGGAAAGGGUGGGAUGGAGUGGAGAUUGGUGAUUUCCCCAGUCUCCAUUUUAUUGAAAUUUCUAACUGUUCAAAGCUGAUCAAGUUUCCUCAGUGGCCCUUUAUGUCUUCUGUGAAAGAAAUGACAUUAGGUAAUUGUGGCGCACUUGAUGUUCUAAAUUUGCAUUUAUGGACAAAUUUAAGCAUCGGUAUCAAAACUCAAGAACAUAGCAAGUGGAUGUCCAAGUGUUACUUUCCAACGCUCCAACACUUGACAUUAAAAAGCAGGGUGGAAUGUGUUCAUCUGUCACAGAAACGACUACCUUCACUCAAGACUUUAGAGAUUCAAUCUUCUGAAGAAUUGAGGGUCAUUGGAGGGCUUGAAGGCCUCACCUCCUUGACUUCUUUAAUAAUAAGAAAUUGCUUUAACCUUGAGUUCGAGAAGUUACCAGCCACCCUCCAACAACUAAGGCUCUCCAAUUGUCCUCUGUUCCAUAAGGGGUUAGAAAAACAACCGCAUAUGCUCAAUGUAUUGAGAGAGGGAGAGAAGAGGGAGAGAGAAGAGCUUAUAGAGUUUGAGAGACGUUACCCUAUCAUCAAAGAUUGGAGUGAUGCAGAGCAGGACAACAUCAACAGGAUAACAUGGAUGAGUGAUCACAAGGAUGACAAAGAGUACAAUGGUAGCAAGACAGCAAGAUUCUUACCAUCGAGAAGGGAUUCUUAUCUUACCAAUAUGGAUUUCGCUGCAAAUUUCUUCAUACAACUCAACAAGAGACAAAACCUAAUCCCUACGGUUUGGAAACCAGAGUACCAUACAUUUUCCAAACACUACUCAGCACCAAAAGCCAAACCUUACGGUUUUGGAGUGCAAAACAGGCCCCAUUACAGAACAGCACCCCUAAGAAAGGUUUCUUCAAUUUCGUAGCUAAAUACCAACCUCCUGCCAAGCCAUUUGAAAACAAGCGGACAAGAUCAUCCUCGUAUAGAGCUACAAAUGCAACUGCUACAUGCCUACACAAGCUCAAGCUCAAGCUCAAGCUCAGUCCCAAGCAUCAGAUCAUAAGUGCACAGAUCCUGAAUCCUGCAAAAAACAAAUAAUCGAAGAUUUUAAGAAUGAAGCACACCUCUUUGGAAGCUUACUUGUUAUGGCCAUUGCAAGUAUGGUCCUUGUGACAUUGUUGGUGAUAUCAGUUAUGAAGAACUUCGGUCAUAUGAUGAUGUAAGGAAAGGAUUAAGUGUCGAAUCUUUUCUGCUGCAAAAAGGUGGAACCGCCACCCUAGCGGCCCCCUGGGCCUGGCCCCCCAGGAUUCCAGAGGGAGUAAAUCACGGUUAAUGCUGGGCAAGAGAGGUGACUGGGGGUCGCAGGAAUUUUUGGCACAGCAGACCAGGAUUUUAACCCCGUGUGCAGCUGGCGACCUUUGACCCCAGAACCUUAGCUGCAAGAAUCAGGCACCUCUCCAGCUGAUCCAGCCCGUGGGGGCCUAUGUUCCUGUGCAGGUUGAGAGAGAGUGAGAGAGAGAGAGAGAGAGAGAGGAAGUUAUACCUUUCCAAGUUGAAUGAAUUUGAUAAUUUAUUGAAAAAACCAUAUGGUUCACGAAGUCCUGGUUUUCAUUAGAUGAAUUCCACUCCCAUUUCAAGCUCGACUCAGUCUCCUGUGUUCAUGAACAAUGCAUCAUCUGUAAAUGUUCAAGGAAAUUAUGCCCCCUCUUUUUCAAGUUUUAGUCAACUAAAGGCAGCAACUAAUCUUAGCUCUGAGAACAGGUCUGAUCCACAAGGAUUCCCCAGCGGUAAUUUUGGUCAACCUAGCCCUUUCCAGAAAGCCAGCCAAAGUUCUUUUGGUCUUGGAAAAUUUGGAAAUUCAGCCAAUACAACCAGCUGGAAACUUUUCAAAUCUGAGCAUUUCUUCAUUUAACUUUGUUGUAAGGCCUACUUGAUCUCCGUCUCCCCAGAAUUUUGGCAGCACAAAUAAUCAACAACUCAACUCUGUUGUAGGGCCGGUGCCCCUUCAAGUGAUGAUGAGUAUGAGGUUGAUGAUAGUAUUUGGAGAAAGGAAGAAUGGAAGAUAGGAGAGGUUUCUGUUUCAAAUCUCGAAGGAAAAAUAGUGGCUUUGUACUUCGCAUGCAGUCUUUAUGAUUGUUGCGAUGAGUUUACUCCAGUAUUUGCAGAAAUCUAUAAAAAGCUCUAGGAAAAUGGAGAGAGCUUUGAGGUUGUACUAGUGUCCUUGGACAGCGACUCUGAUUAUGAUGAAGCCAUAGAAAGCAUGCCUCGGCUUGCAUUUCCUUUCCAUGACAAAUUAAAGCUGUGUUAAGCUUUUUUGCUAUUUUGAUCUCCAGGAAAAUAAUCAUCAUGCUGUCAUCUUGAUUGGAUCGGAUGGGAAAGCUAUGAAUGUUGAUUUAAUUGAACUUAUUAAAGAGUAUGGAUUUUAUGCAUA